GGAAAUCAAAAUCACAAUCUUCUGAGUGUCUUGUUUUCACAAUCUCUGCCUGCUUUUCAUGAUAGAUAGUUUUGAUCCGCUGUAUUUCUGUAGGGAUGGACUCGCUCAUCUUCACAACACGUGAAAGAACACAUCCAGGCAUUGACUCCGGAGGAGGUGCGUUUGGGUCGUCGGCAGGAGCUCUGGGGCCGGCGAGAAAGACAAAUGGAUCCGACACGACCAGGGUGGUACCGCUACCACCACAAGCCGGGCCUGAGGAGCUGCAGGAGGAACUACAAGGGUCCUCUUCUUCCGCACGACAGGCACUUGGUCGUCCCGCACAGGAACCCCGACGACCCAGCGACGACGCGACCAAGGCAGGGGCUGAAGACCUUUCAGCGAUGAACGCGGCACGCAGUACUUUCGAAGAGACUUUGACGCCGUCUCUGGUGGAAGUAGAUCAUGCACGUACAGAGAACGCAGCAGGUGGACCACCAUCAGGCGGAUACAACCAGGACGAGCGAGCCAAUGGCACUGGCUCGAUAAUAUCUUCGAGUGCGAGCUGCGAAGUAAGGCCCGGACCUCCUAGCGCUAGCACGCUUUUGGAAGAUGAAGCAGGCCAGAGUCGGCGUGCAGCUGCACAUAAUGAGGGUCCUGAACGAGAACCGCAGGAGAGAGAAGCAACAACUUCAUCCGAGAUGCAUGAAGACGAGGCUCCAUCUUUUCAUAAAAAAGCUGCCCCGGUGUUUUCUCACCUCGCGGCCUCUGGGCAGCUCGGAAAUUCUAGGGCCGUCAAAGCCAAUCCCACCGACAAGGAGGAAGUGCUUUUUGCGAAGGUUCUACCUGUUGGCCCCGCGCGUGAGUUCUCUCCGUGUGAGGACGUGGUCGUUGAGUCCGGUCGAAGUGGAGAAAAUGGCUUCACUGAUCAACAUGUAGAUGAUCCUUCAUGUGUAGAGCAGGAAAUAAAUGCUAGUGUUGAUCAAGGGCAAAAGCGCAAGGCAACGCCGGAUCUUCAACAGCUUCAAAGCACGACGUGCACCGCCCCGGCUCUUUUCUCCCGUGUGGCACUGGUGGUGAAGCUGCUGGGCGCGUUUGAGUAUCCGGUGCAAAAGAAGCGUACCGUAGUACAGCUCGCGCGAGAAGAUGAAAUUGCAGCACAGAAAUAUUACAUGCAGCAAUAGCACAUCUGCUACGCUAUUGCUACCUCGUAUUAAUUUUGCAGCAUCACAAGAAAUUAUUUCAUUUUUCUUCUCUAGUGCAUUUUUUUGUCAGGC